AUGAUCUUAGAUGGAUUAUCACUGAAAUUCGUUCGAUGGGCCUCGAAGCGUAUUUCCGUCGUUGGUUCAGGUCCAUCAGGCUUUUAUACUGCUUAUCGUCUAUUGAACAAAAGUCCUGAUCCGAUACAUGUUACUCUUUGGGAAAAACUGCCAGUACCAUACGGAUUGAGCAGAUAUGGUGUAGCACCAGACCAUCCUGAAGUUAAAAACUGCGAAGAUACCUUUGCAGAAUGUGCAGAAACUUUUAAUCAGGGCAAAGAUGGACGUAAAUUUAGCUUUAUUGGCGGUGUGACGAUUGGAUCUGAUGAAAUACCACUGCAACAACUAUUGAAGCAAGAAGAUGCUGUGAUUUUAGCUUACGGAUGUCAAAGUAGUCGCGCAUUGGGCAUUCCUGGUGAAGAUGCAUCUGGUGUCUUUAGCAGUAGAGACUUCGUCAAUUGGUAUAAUGGCCAUCCAGGCUUUGCAAACGAUAAAAGAUUUACAGAGUUUGACUGGUCUCAAGUGCAUCGUGUUGGUAUCAUUGGUCAUGGUAAUGUAGCACUUGACAUAACGAGAGUAUUAAUGACAAACCGUGUGGAUGAGAUAUGGCAACCGACUGAUAUUUCAAGAGUUGCAAUUGACAAGUUAAAACAGGCACCAAUACAAGAAGUGAAAAUGAUUGCACGUAGAGAUUUCAUACAUUCGAAAUUCACAAACAGAGAAUUGAGAGAACUUUGGGAAAUGGAAAGGUUUGGUGUGCGCGGCAAAAUCGAUCAAAAGUACUUCCAUCCCACACUCUUCAACGAUGAUCAAUUAAAGGAUAGACCGUUUAAAAGACGCGUAGAGAUGUGUCAAGAAUAUUCAACGCCAUUUGACAAGAGAACAAAGAAAAAUUACAAGAAACACGGUCCACCACCAGAGGAACGAUCUCACUGGGUCCUUGACUACUUGAAGACUCCAUUACAAACCCAAACCAACGACCAAGGGCGCGUUCAAUCCUUGCAACUGUGUGAAAACGAAUUGACUCCAGAUAAUCGUGUUAAACAACUGCCAAAUUCCGAAUUGAACUACAAUGUAGAUCUACUGAUUACGUCAUUAGGGUACAAGGGCCAACCGAUGUCAGAAUUUAAACCUUUGGCGGUUAAAUGGCUCGGCGAUCGUAUUGCCAACGACCGCGGGAGGGUUCUUACAACGGAAAACGAACCCAUCGAACGCCUCUAUGCCGCCGGAUGGAUUCGUAGAGGAUCUCAAGGUGUAAUCGCCACUACAAUGGAGGAUUCUUUCCAAGUUGCUGACCAAGUACUCCAUGAUCUACAGAAUCAGCAAAACCUGGAACGCAUUCCACCCGUUGAUUUGAGCAACAUCCGCCAUACGACAUGGCAGGAUUGGGAAAAAAUCAACCAAAGUGAACUCAACAAGGGUAAACAAAUGGGCAGAGUACGCUCUAAAUAUCUAACAGAACCAGAAAUCUACAACUACCUCUCCAUGAACCAUUAA